GCGAGAGCUGCAGUCCGUCCUGCUCUCUGUGAGUCUGCGCACCGCAUCCCGAUCUCUGCGCCAACCGAGCAUCACCUCGCUCCCGCCGCCCGACCAGACCCGCAGCCCCGCCGCUUCCAGAACCGGUUACAGACCCGGAGACAUGGCCGACGUCGCGAUAUCCUUCGCGAAGGAUUUUCUAGCGGGCGGAGUGGCGGCUGCCAUCUCUAAAACAGCCGUAGCUCCAAUCGAGAGGGUGAAGCUUCUGCUGCAGGUACAACAUGCCAGCAAGCAGAUCAGUGCCGAUAAACAGUACAAAGGAAUUAUGGACUGCGUGGUGAGGAUCCCCAAAGAGCAAGGCUUUGCCUCUUUCUGGCGUGGAAAUUUGGCCAAUGUCAUUCGCUACUUCCCCACACAAGCCCUCAACUUCGCCUUCAAAGACAAGUAUAAGCAGAUCUUCCUGGGUGGUGUAGACAAGCACACACAGUUCUGGCGUUAUUUUGCUGGAAACCUGGCGUCUGGCGGCGCUGCAGGAGCCACUUCCCUUUGCUUUGUGUAUCCCCUCGACUUCGCCCGUACCCGACUGGCUGCUGAUGUGGGUAAAGCUGGUUCCACCAGAGAAUUUUCUGGGCUGGGCGACUGCCUGACAAAGAUCUUCAAGUCUGAUGGAUUGCGAGGCCUGUACCAGGGUUUUAACGUGUCUGUGCAGGGCAUCAUCAUCUACAGAGCUGCUUACUUUGGCGUUUAUGACACAGCUAAAGGCAUGCUUCCCGAUCCUAAGAACACCCACAUUAUGGUGAGCUGGAUGAUUGCACAGAGUGUGACGGCAGUGGCUGGCGUAAUCUCUUACCCUUUCGACACCGUGAGGCGUCGCAUGAUGAUGCAGUCUGGACGCAAAGGAGCGGAUAUUAUGUACACUGGGACCCUUGACUGCUGGAGGAAGAUCGCACGUGACGAGGGCGGCAAGGCCUUCUUCAAAGGGGCUUGGUCCAACGUCCUCCGAGGCAUGGGCGGGGCCUUUGUGCUUGUGUUGUAUGACGAGUUCAAGAAAUAUGUUUAAUCACAACCAUUUGGUAAGACUUAACGAUAAAGGUAGUAGAAUAAUAGAUUUUAUCGAUGAAGUUUGUCAGGCUUUUCCCAGCUUUCUCUGUUCUUUCAGCAGCGUGUAGAUGAGAUCUUGGUUAUCUAGGAUUAGAGGCCAACUUAAAUCCAUCACUUCAUCUUAUUAUUUUUACUCUGUGUUGUGUUUAUUUUAACAUAAUGUGUAUUUGUUGACACGUGUUUGCUCUGAUACACUCUGAAUGCACUUUUAAUUUGCUAAUCAUCUGGUAGAAAACUCUACUGGUGAGUUAAGAAUGUUUUUGUCUUGAUCAUGACCAUAUAUUACCAUGUACCAGGCUCAGAAACAGUGGCAUACAUACAGCAGUAUUUGGGUAUCUUCAUCAAAGAUCAUCCCACAAACACAUAUCACUGGUAUGGAGAGUUUUGCACAGUUUUGGCAGUGCCAUUUACAUAGCAAAUAGCAAAGCAAGGGUUAAAUGAAUCAUGAUCCGGCACAGGCAAUAACUGAGCAUCUCCACAAGAUGGCACAAUUGCAUCUUUUUUUUUUUUUUGGUUCAAUAGAGUGUAAUACACUGCCCUAAUCCAUAUCUGUCUAUGUUAUUGGAGAUCCAUAAUAUUAUCUCCAAUAAUGAGGCUAUUGAAUAUCAUUUAAAAACAAAGCGUGCAUCUUAAACAACAUGGAAAUCACAUCACUUUUCACAGCAUUUCUUUCUUCUCUUCAGUCUUAGGUAGAGAAUUACACUCUGUUAAAAUCAUAUUCAGUCAUAUUCAACAUGAUGCUUUAAUUCACACCAGACCUAGCCUUUAUCUCUCUGUGCAUUAGAGUGGAGAUCAGCCCAGUAAAUGCCUCCAGCACUGAGGCCGUUCAGAGCCUGGGUGACGUGAAAAGUAGCCUCUGUUUCCAUUCUUUCUCUUCAUGGAGCGCCGCUGAAGUAUUUUCCUUCUCCAGUAAUGAGGGGAGUAAUGUUUUCAUGGUGAUUUUCCUGUCAGUCCGAGUCCUUCCUCGUGCCAGGUUGAUCCUGAUGAAGUAGAGCCCAUUAGCAGCAAUAUGACAACGAAGGAAAGGUAUAAGGUUUAAAGUCCACACAGGACAUUAUAAUGUGAAUUCAUCCAGCAUGUAAAAUAUAUUUUAAAUCAGACGAUACAUUAAUCGAACAUUAAGGGGGCCAUAUUUGCAGAGAUGUGUUUAUUGCUAGGUGAACGACUGGAAUGCUUGUAAACUCAAUUAAAGUGAAUACCUCACAUGA